UGAUAGAAAACAUGUAUAACAAACUACCCAAGAUGUCUAUUAUGCGAUCCUUCCUUUGCCACGCUAUUUACAGAAAAAUCUGGAACUUAACUCCUCUUCCUCUUCCUAUCUCCUCCACAAUUUGUUUGCAUAUAUACUACUAAUAUGCUUACGCUAAUUGCCUUUUAGAGCAAAAAGGGGUCAUCAAUCAACAACCAUUAUAUUCGAGGAAUCUUCUUUCCUGUCCACUCUAUCUCUCUUUCUCUUUUCCUUCCAUACUUCUCUGCAAAACCCACCCACUGCAACUUGUUCAAUCAUGUGUGUACAAGACGCGGACCAAGUAGUUGUUCAAUCAGAAGAAGACAUGGAAAAUCUUCAGGGUUUCUCAGGCCAUAACAUUUGGCCUUCAAAUGCCCAACUUAUUAAUGAUAAUAAUCAACAGAACUCGACUUCUUUUCAUCAGAUCGGUUUGCUCAAUUCAUUUCCUCUAGAGAGCAUUUGUGAAGAGGCUACUGUUUCAGAUAGAAGGCAAAAUGUAUCGAAUGAUUUUGUUCCUACCCUAAGGUCAGGUGAUUGGGCAGAUAUUGGAGGUCGUUCCGAAAUGGAAGAUACCCACAUAUGUAUUAGCAAUCUAGCUAAGAAUUUCGGUCAUGAUUUACAUGGUAACGAAGCAAUCUCCUUCUAUGGUGUGUUUGAUGGACAUGGAGGUAAAGGAGCAGCUCAAUUUGUACGCGAUCACUUGCCAAGGAUCAUUGUUGAGGAUGCUAAUUUCCCUUUAGAACUCGAGAAAGUAGUUUCGAGGUCAUUCAUCGAGACUGAUUCAGCUUUCGCUAAGUCGUGUUCUCUCGAGUCCACGUUAUGUUCUGGCACCACUGCCCUUACUGCCAUGAUUUUCGGGAGAUCACUUCUUGUUUCAAAUGCUGGUGAUUGUCGGGCUGUGCUGUCACGAAAUGGAAUGGCCAUAGAGAUGUCAACUGACCAUAGGCCAUGUUCGAACGAAGAAAGAAAAAGGAUCGAAUCUCUAGGUGGUUUUAUCGACGAUGGUUAUUUGAACGGUCAGUUGGGUGUUACACGUGCAAUUGGAAAUUGGCAUAUCAAAGGACUUAAGGAAAGUAGCGGGCAAAUUGGGCCACUGAGUGCCGAACCGGAGCCCAAAUUGAUAACACUAACAAAGGAAGACGAGUUCUUGGUAAUUGGAAGUGACGGAAUAUGGGAUGUUUUUAGAAGCCAAAACGCAGUUGACUUUGCGCGGAGGAGAUUGCAAGAGCACAAUGAUGUGAAGCUUUGUUGCAAAGAAAUAGUAGAGGAAGCUAUUAAACGAGGAGCGAUUGAUAAUUUGACGGUUGUGAUGGUUUGCUUUCAUUCCGAACCGCCUCCUCAUGUUGUCGUGCAAAGGUCUCGUGUCAAACGUAGCAUUUCUGCCGAAGGGUUGCAGAAUCUAAAGUUUUUGUUGGAGGGUCAAAACCAAAACUGAUGAUUGAAAGUCGAGAUUCCACGAUUAAUUGAUGUUGUGUAGAACGAUUAUUAUUGUUUAUUGAGAUAAUUUUAAGGAGAACGAAAGCGAUCGAUUAAUUUUUUCGAUUCUCUUUAGGUGAAAAACUUGUUUAUGUAAUUAAUUUACAUAUUAUUUAUUGUUAUAGAAGUUGAGACUUCUAUCAAACUUGAUGAUUCUGUGUAUAUUUAUUUGAA